AGACUUGUCCUAGCCCUGUUUGCCGUUUUCGGGUUGCUAUGAAAUGCACAGAUGUUGUUGGUGGAGGGUUGCAUGAAUCCGGUCGCCCAAACUUGUGAUGUCCCUGGUUUCUAGGCGUGGUCUCAAGAUGAUGUCGAAAGCACCCAAUGAUCCCCUUGUGGUGGUGAUAGGAUCCACAGGGACCGGCAAGUCCAAGUUAGCUGUGGAUCUGGCUACACGAUUCAAUGGUGAAGUUAUCAACAGUGAUGCUAUGCAAAUGUAUAAAGGCUUGCCUAUCAUCACAAACAAGAUCCCUGAGCAUGAGCGUAGUGGUAUCAAACAUCACCUACUCGACUUCGUAGGUUUGGAAGAAGCACCAUGGACAGUGACACAAUUCGUCAGGGAAAGCUCUCGCAUCAUCGACGACAUCAGAUCAAGAGGGAAGCUACCUAUUGUGGUAGGAGGGACGCAUUACUAUACACACGCCCUGUUGUUCCCGGACGCAACUCUCACCGAUGACGCUGCGGAUGAACAACCGGCUGUUCACACAACAACCAAUUGCGAAGAAGAUUUCCCAAUCUUGUCAGGGCCGACCGAACAGAUUUUCCAGAAGCUGCAAGAGGUUGACCCACAGAUGGCAAGCAGGUGGCAUCCACGGGACAGACGAAAGAUCCAACGUUCGCUCGAGAUCUGGCUGAGGACAGGAAGAAAAGCUUCAGAAGUAUAUGCCGAACAGCAGAAACGGCGGGUGGUCGACCGCGACGAUGUUGGACCCGAUCAAAUAGGAGCCCACGAGGCCGGAACUGGACUGCGAUUCCGAACCUUGCUGUUGUGGUUAGAAGCGGAUGAUGCAGUCUUGAAAGAGCGACUCAAUGAUCGCGUGGAUGUGAUGUUGAAAAGCGGUCUGGUCGAUGAGGCAUUCACUUUGUCGAAGCUCGAAAAGGAGCUGAGCAGGCAAGGCAUUCCAGUCAACAAGAGCAUGGGAAUAUGGGUGUCGAUUGGCUAUAAAGAGUUGCAGCCAUGGGUAGACAAUCACCCAACCCAGGAGCUGGAACUCGCUCAAACAUCCGCCACUCUGACCGAGGCAAUUGAGUCUGUCAAAGCAGGCACAAGGCGCUACGCCAAGCGCCAAAACCGCUACAUUCGUGUUCGGCUCGCCAAUGCCCUGCAGGAAGCCAAGCAAUUUGAUAUGCUUUUUGCGUUGGACUGCUCAGAACUCAAGAAAUGGGACAUUGAAGUAUCGGAACCUGCUCAAAGGCUUGUGCAAUCAUUCCUGAAUGAUGAUGAACUACCUGACCACAGGAGUCUGUCUACCAUGGCAGGCAAGUUGCUCACGGCUGCUGAUCAGUCAAACACUAAAAGCAACCGCGUCGCAAAAACUUGCGACAUUUGCGAGAAGACGAUGUUGACAGACAAAGAGUGGCACCUACACCUUGGCAGUCGUGGGCAUAAGAAAAUAGUGGCUGCCACCCGAAAGCGGGAGGUGAGACCAAGCGAGAACGCCCCCGAAGUACCCCGCGAGGACACAUGAACGCUGCUGUUCAAGCGCAAUCGUCAUCUGCAGCCAAUUUCUGCAAGCAGGAAACUGAGCUCAAGGCGUAUCUGGGGUAGGACGACGUCUCUAAGGUACCUUGGCCCCAUUAAUCACUCCAUACACACAUUCGAGCUCUCCCAUGUAACUUUGCAUGGUGGCGGGAAAGGCGGUGUCUUGCUCGGCUUGUA